GCGCGCGAGCUGGGUAUAUGUGUGCGUGCCCGCUGGCGCGCGCGCUCUCAGGUGAGCUCGGAGGGGGCGGCGCGAGAGGGAGAGAGCGCGCGCUGUUGGUGAUGCUGGUGCUGAUGCGAGUCAUGGCCGCCGCCAAGCAGGUAAAGAGGAGAGGCAGCGGGGAGGAGAACACUCACCCCCCGCGGAGGUUGGGGUUAGGGGGGGGUGAGCGGGCAGUGAGGGUCUCUGCUCGAGAAAAGCGGGGAAAGUCCGGGGGGCGGGGCGUGUGCUGCGAGUGCUGGUUUAGUACAGGCUCUGUUGUUGCGCCUUAUUCAGGGGUGGACUCACAAUGGAGCCAGGAAAAAGGGGAAUUAUAUUUUUUUUUGGGGGGGGAGAAGCAAACAAGGCAACCGACCCCCUAUUCUUAUUUUUUGCCACGUUGGGGAAAGCAGUUGGGUGGAGGACACUAGGCCUGCCAAUGUCUUUCAUUCAUAUAUAUAUAACAUUUUAAUAUAUAUAUAAUUUUCCAAUAUUUACCCAAUAUUACCACAGUGUUGCCAAUUACAUACAGAUUCCAAUUGAUAUCAAAAUAAUUAUCAUUUCCAAAAUUUAUGCAAUUUAAUCAAAGUGGUUUCCCGUGCUCCUUGAUCCAUGUUUUCCGUCCAGUUCUUACAAUUCAUAUUUUUUUUUAUGAACAUCUAAUUGCGUUUUAGUUGGUAUAUGAACCAUUAAGAGAACAGCGGCGUUCUUAGCGAUUGCUGUUCGUGUCAAUGCCUCACCUAACUUUCCGUAGGAUUUCAAAUGAGGUGCUCUAAUUAUUUUCCUUUUCCCUGCGUGUGUCAGCCUGAAUAUGUCCAGUUAUGAAGUCAUUUAUGAUUGCCAAUGGCUUUCUCGUUAGCCAUGGUAAGCGAGUUAGAGCCUCCAUGUUCAGAGGCAGUUGAGCCUUGGAAGUCUAGGUGCUGUGGGGGACUAUGCACUCUGUUGCAAGCCUUUGCCUUUGGCCCCCCGGAAGUGAGCAUCCUUUGGCUUCAGGGAUUGUGUUCACUUACUGUCUGGGAACCUUUGUCUAGUUCUAAUAAUUUCACACGCACGCACAACACAAACCCUCCUGACACGCUCAGGGAGUGUAGGUGCGCAGCAUUACGUGGAUUUGUUGUAAUAGUUUCCUAAAUGUAGGUCUCCCCCUUCAAGUUGUGGUUUCUUGCCUCAAAGGAGGAUAUAAUAAGGUGGCUUGGGCAGGUAAGGUAAAGGGACCCCUGACCAUUAGGUCCAGUCGUGACCGACUCUGGGGUUGCAGCGCUCAUCUCGCUUUAUUGGCCGAGGGAGCCGGCAUACAGCUUCCGGGUCAUGUGGCCAGCAUGACUAAGCUGCUUCUGGCAAAUCAGAGCAGCGCACAGAAACGCCGUUUACCUUCCCGCCGUAGCAGUACCUAUUUAUCUACUUGCACUUUGACGUGCUUUCGAACUGCUAGGUUGGCAGGAGCAGGGACCGAGCAACGGGAGCUCACCCCGUCAUGGGGAUUCGAACCGCUGACCUUCUGAUCGGCAAGUCCUAGGCACUGUGGUUUAACCCACAGCGCCACCCGCGUCCCAUGCUUGGGCAGGUACAUGGAGAAAAUAAAUUGUGUAGCAGCCCCAAGUUUUGCUGCAAAGAAUUCUGGCAUACUUAUUAUUAUUAUCUGAAAACAUAACAUGCUCUUUUCUUUAUUUCAGACAAUUUGAAAUUAUCUCGUAAAUCUGGAGGAAGCGAUGUAGGCAGCGUCUGAGUUGGAAAGGAGCCCCCGGCUCACUGUCCGUUUAUUACCUUGGAAAAGCUUUGUAUAUUCAUUCAAUGCCUAACAUUGCAGACUCUCAGCUAGAGAGUGGUUCUGGAGAAAACGAGCAUGGACCUGGAAGAACAGCUUCAGAAGUGAAUCUUCAUGGUACUGUAAAACCGUUCUGUGCUGCCGGUGCCACUGUUGCCUCUCUUGGAUCUAGUGGGGACAGGCAUUAUCCGUGGGGAUGCCCCGUCACUCACACCCGAGAAAAGUUUUACACUAUCUGUUCAGACUAUGCUUUCUUAAACCAGGUAACAUCCGCUCACAAAAGCCCAAGUGCUACAGUUAGUGCCUGCCUACAAGACAACGCUGCCUUAAAUGUUAGGAACAAUUCGCCUGGCUUCAUUGGCAUUCGGACUGGCGCAUCAGACAUAGUUUACAAUGAAGAUACUCACUUGGAAAGUUUGUCCAGUAGCCUUGGAAAGCUCCCAUUGGCGUGGGAAAUUGAUAAGUCUGAAUUCAGUGAUACAUCCCCAGAGCUGAAGAAUCGAGCAGGUAUAUACAAUUAUUUUGAUGGAACGUUCGGUGGUGGUGGUGUUUUUAUCUUAAUAAAUGGAAAGCAACUCCUGAAAAAUAUACUUAGGUUGUAAUAUAAACUCCUGGCUGGCACUGGUUGGAGUGCUGUAGUCCCAGCUGUAUUCACAGCCGUGGUACUCCCACUGGUGAGAAUUGAAGAUGGGGCAGGGGAAGAUUCCCCUUCACUGCACCAGAUUCCAGGCAAUGCUAAAAAUUAGCCAGGCGCAUUUUGUACCUGGCUAUCGGCCCGCUUGCGACCAAGUGAAGAUGCCUGGGCGCCAGGAUAGCUCACCUGACACUUCCACCCUCUGGAGGUGCAUGCCUGGGGAUCAUUGGAUCGGGACUCUUUUCACACACUAAUCCUGUAGAAUUCCAUCAGUUAUAUUUUAUCUGCGUAAUUGGAAUGAAUUUCAGGAACCAAAAUGCUUUUCCUGAGCAGCCUGUCUUCCAAUUCAUGUUUUGCUUUCUGUGUAUGUCUCCUAUACCCUAAACCAGGCAUCCCCAAACUUGGACCUCCAGCUGUUUUGGGACUACAAUUCCCACCAUCCCUGACCACUGGUCCUGUUAGCUAGGGAUGAUGGGAGUUGUAGUCCCAAAACAGCUGGGGGGCCAAGUUUGGCCAUGCCUGCGCCAAAACCAUAUCUCUUUCCCUUGUCAAAAUAGUCCAAAUCUAACUUGUGCACAGUGUAAAUUAAGCAAAUGAAACCAAGCUAUGUACACUUACACAGUCCACACUUCAUAUUUUGGUUUUAAUUUGGAGUUCAGCAUGACCACAUAGAAAAAUUUCCCAAUUGUAGAUUGCUUUUUUUUCUUUUUGCAAUUCUCUCAGAAAACUGACUUUUAAAGUUUAUUAUUAAAUUUAUAUCCUUACCUGCCUUCCGAAUAAGCUCAUGUAUAAUGUUUUGUCUAACUGAAGAAUAAUGAUUAAACUUAUUUGACAGGCAACAUAAAGAAGCAAGGAACCAAGAAGAUGUCUGUAGAAAAGAAGAGUAAACAAUACAGAGAAUGUCCGCAACAUUAUGCUCUUGAAGAAAUAAAACAACGGAAAGUGUUAGAUCUCCGAAGAUGGUAGUUUUCAAAAGCUAUUUUUUAAUUUUUUAAUUUUGAAUGUGUAAAGAUGAAUAUUUUUAAAAUCCAUGUUGGGUACAGCUCUGUUUAUGGUGAGAUUAUUCAAAUCACAGGAGUGUUUUUUGUUUCCGGAAGCAUUAAACCAACAUAACCCUCAUGGUCCCUUCCCACCUUACAUUUCUAGGAAUCUAUGAUUAUAAGGCUACUUUGUUGUGGCUCCAUUACAAGUUUGUGUGUAGCUCUGCACUCGAUCAUAGACAGGUGUCUUGCCUCCUCAAAGGAGCAAGAAUAACAACAGCCCUGAACGUUUUAAGUGUGAAAUGCUGGCUGAGAAUAUUUCAGAUUACUUCUUUGGAUCUGGAGCAUAUGUGUUGACAGUAAAGGCCCCAGGUUUUCCCCCAACCUCUAAAAUGGAUGAAGUUUCCAUCAGUAUUUCAACGUGAUAGGUCUGUCUCCAGCAAUAAUAAAAAUAAAAAUACAGCAAUACAUCUGCCUUGAAAUAAUAAGUGGAAUCCUGUUCGGGAACCUAUAUAUCUGUUUCCUAAAGAGGUCUCUCUUUUGUCAAACUUUUUUGCUGUCCUGUUGGCUAUUAAGCUCUAGUGAAGCACUUCUAGGUACAUCUCUGCAUUACUUAAGAUAACUAUAAGGGCGUUUUCCAACCAAACAGUUCUUCUGGUGCGAUCACCUCUGGCUCCCAGUACAUCCUCUACAUAAAUUUUGGGGGUUCCCCCAUCCCUCCAGGACAGAUUUAGGGGUGUGCGGGUAGAGGGAGGGGAUUGUGUAUGCUUGUGGAACUAUUUAGGUGGAUGCAACGCAUGGAGUGAGAGAGUGCUGAGAUAAUGGUUUUCUUGAGCGGAGCUAGCUAUUCAGUUGCGAAGCAAAUUCUGUGACUGAAUAUAUGUAUCUAUUAAUUUGUCAAAAGUGAAAUACAUUGUUUUCCUUUACGUCUUGACAUGGCUGCCUAAACUUAAGCAAUGUGUUCUUUUAAAGGUAUUGUAUAAGUCGCCCUCAAUAUAAGACUUCAUGUGGGAUUUCCUCAUUAGUCUCUUGCUGGAAUUUCCUCUAUAGCACAAUGGGAGCUGGAAAGUAAGUCACUUGAUGGAGCUAUUUAACUAUUUUCAUUUCGGGGUAAGUCCUACUGGAUUUAGUGGGACUUACAUCCUAGUCAGUGUUCUAAAGAAAUAGCCUAAUCCUUGCUUUUUAAAGUGAUAAUUCCUUACAUUUUCAUCUUAUUUUUAACCAGCUUACCUCCUAUUACUCAAGAAGAGGCUUUGCAUAUAUUGGGAUUUCAACCUCCUUUCGAAGAAAUUAGAUUUGGGCCAUUUACUGGAAAUACAACAUUAAUGAGGUAAAGCUGUUCUUGCUAUACCUUGCGCUAUUCUACAGGGUUAUACGUGCAUCUUUUUUAAAAAAAGUAUCUUAAAUGGCAUUCAGUUAUUAUUAAUCUAUAGAACUUUGCUAGGGCUGCAAUCUACUCACUUCCCUUGGUGUAAACACCAUUGAGUUCAGUGGGGCUUGCUUCCAAGGAGACCCGAAAGUGGAUAAAGUUUUAAUUGACAAAUUGUGGUCCAUAAAUAUGUACAAAGCUUUAAAAACGUGCAGGUAACAUUUAUGCAGAAAUGCACUAACAUGCUUUGUUGUGUUAAUGAUGCUUCUGGCAUGUGACUGACCAGCCCUUAGGUUCAGAGGAGAAGGGCAUGUGAAGCAACUUAGCCUGUAAGACCUGCUUUUACAGUGCAGUGAAGUGAAAUAAGCAGAAAGCACUGGGGAAGGAGAGGCUGCAAUCCUGUGCACACUUAUUUGACAAUGCAUAGAAUCAUUUUGCUACAUGCUUAAUCGGGGCAUGUUGUGAACACAUAGCCAUUUCGUAUGAUGUUCAUAGCAUUUAAAGGAGAAAUAAAGUGGGGCAGAGGGAAUCGUUUUCUGGGGCUAUGAUGGACCAGAGGUGUUGUCUUUUAAGAGUACAGUGGUACCUCAGGUUACAUACGCUUCAGGUUACAUACGCUUCAGGUUACAGACUCUGCUAACCCAGAAAUAGUGCUUCAGGUUAAGAACUUUGCUUCAGGAUGAGAACAGAAAUCGUGCUCCGGCAGCACGGCAGCAGCAGGAGGCCCCAUUAGCUAAAGUGGUGCUUCAGGUUAAGAACAGUUUCAGGUUAAGAACGGACCUCCGGAACGAAUUAAGUACUUAACCCAAGGUACCACUGUACUAUGUUUUUCCACUUUGUGCUCUUCAGGUGGUUCAGACAAAUUAACGACCAUUUCCAUGUAAAAGGAUGCUCAUAUUUUCUCUAUAAACCUCACGGGAAGUAUAAGACGGCUGGGGAGACUGGUAAGUAACUAAUUUUAUUAAGGUGAGUUGUCAAACAGACGGAACAAUAGAAAAUGACAGAAGGGAAAAGAGAACCAGAAUAUAUAGCCACUAUGUUUAUUAAAACAUUUCUUAGCAGUUGCAUUAUUUAUUAAAACAUUUCUGUAUAACAUCUACAUUGAACUCAGUGCAGAUUUUUGUUUAAUUUUAAAAAAGAAUGAUGCUAUUUUGUAACAUGCAUUCUUGAACUUUGCCAGAAAACUUCCUUGUGGAGUUGUCCUUGUGGAGGGGGCUUGGAUAGCAUGCCAGUUGAAAACAAAAUAGAGCAGGAGAGAGCCUCAGCUGAAUCUCCUUCUAGAAUAAUAAUAAUUAUUUAUAUGCCACCUGCCCAUCUGACUGGUAGUGCCCCAUUUUGUUCAUAACCCUGGGUUCCUACAGGAGAAAGGGUGGCUUAAAAAUGAAAUGAAAUUGCAGUUGAAAUAAAACUUCAGUUCACCUCAGCUGCUUCUGGAGGCAACACAGAACCUUUCUGGCAGGACACAAAUUUAAUACAACCUUCCAAAUGUUGUUGGAUUCCAGCUCUAGCUAGCAUGACCAAAGGUCAGGAAUGAUUGGAGUUGUAGUCCAAAGUAUGUGGAGACCACCAUGUUAGGGGAGGCUGGUUUCAUUUAUUUAUUUAUGUAAUAAAAUUUAUACACCACUCGAUUGCAAAAACAAAACCCAAAGAAAUGUUGAAGCGGGUUUAUGUUUUUAAAAAAACGUAUUUUGAUACAGUUGCAUUGCCUUUUUUUGACUAAUGCAUUUCAAUAUGUUUUAAUAAACAGAGAGUAUUUAGAAGCUCACUGCAGACUAAAUCCAAAUUACCAGUGACUUUUAUCUUGUUUUAAUUUGUAGCUUCGGGGGCUUUGACCAAACUAACAGAAGGACUGCGAGAUGAAUCUGUGGCCUACAUUUAUCAUUGCCAAAAUCAUUAUUUUUGCCCCAUUGGAUUUGAAGCCACCCCAAUAAAACCUAGCAAGGCAUACAAGUAAGACUUUGAUGACCUACUGAUGCUAUGGGCAUUCUUUGAAUGAUAUGUUGUUAAAUCCAGGCUACUCUAUGUUUCUGUAUCCUGGGUAUAUUAAAGCCUUUGGAGAAUCAGAGACAGGGUUGUCAGAAGUAGGUGAUAGGAAGAACACACGACAGGAUGCUUGCUAUAUGAGAGUCAGUGAGUAGCAUCCAACAUGCUUGCUUUGUGAGCAGAAGGAACUUAUGUUCAUGCAAAAGGUUCUCCUCUUUGCAGAAUAACAUCAAAUGCUGCCCAGUGACUUUUUGAAUCAGUGAGUAGAAUGAAACUUCCCAUCCAGAUGUUUAUGGAUGAAGGUUUUUUGAAAUCUAUACCCUAUGCAAAACAUCAGAAACAGAGCUUGAACAGUUGCUGGUCACCCUUUGGAAAAAGCGAGCCCGAAGUCAUUCAUACUAAUAAAGGUAAAGGGACCCCUGACCAUUAGGUCCAGUUGUGGCCGACUCUGGGGUUGUGGCGCUCAUCCCGCUUUAUUGGCUGAGGGAGCCGGCAUACAGCUUGCGGGUCAUGUGGCCAGCAUGACUAAGCCGCUUCUGGCGAACCAGAGCAGCGCACGGAAACGCCGUUUACCUUCCCGCCACAGCAGUACCUAUUUAUCUACUUGCACUUUGACGUGCUUUUGAACUGCUAGGUUGGCAGGAGCAGGGACCGAGCAAUGGGAGCUUACCCCAUUUUGGGGAUUCGAACCACCGACCUUCUGAUUGGCAAGUCCUAGGCUUUGUGGUUUAACCCACAGUGCCACCCGUGUUCAUAUUAAUAGUGCACAUAUAAAGAUACGUUAACACAGUGACACCUGAUAAGUAAGUCCUAAUGGAAUAAUGAAAGGGAUGCAUAGGUAGGUAAAAGAUAAAGGACCCCUGGACGGUUAAGUCCAGUUAAAGGUGACUGGGGUUGUUGCACUCAUCUCGCUUUCAGGCUGAGGGAGCCAGCGUUUGUCCACAGACAGUUUUCUGGGUUGUGUGGCCAGCAUGAUUAAACUUCUACUGGUGCACAGAGGACCAUGACAAGUGCCAGAGCGCACGGAAAUGCUGUUUACCUUCCCGCCGCAGCGGUACCUAUUUAUCUACUUGCACUGCUAUGCUUUCAAACUGCUAGGUUGGCAGGAGCUGGGACAGAGCAAUGGGAGCUCACCCCGUCGCAGGGAUUCGAACCGCCGACCUUCUGAUUGGCAAGCCAAAGAGGCUCAGUGGUUUAGACCACAGCGCCACCUACAUCCCUAAGGGGUGCACACCUACUUACAAAAAACAUUUAUAUACUUGAAUGGCCUUGAAAACUUCACACAGCAUGAAGAUGGCUUGCUUUCAAUUUUUUCAAAUAUUUUCUAAUUUUCUUAUUUAAAAAACCAACAAAACGAAAACCACACACAUCUUUACCAAGAGCAGCAAUAGUGUGAGCUGAUCUCAGUUUAGCCAUCAACUCAACAGCUGUAUUCACAUUUCAUGGUAAGUCAUGGCUAAUGGUUUGCCAUGGACGCUCAGGCUGCCGCUGCCAUGGACUCCUUGCUAUGAAGAGGGAGUAACAAAACGCAAAUGUUGGCUUGGUGUUGCAUCUGAAAAUAACUUAAGAAUUCUAGAGCAAAUUUAUUUCCGCUUGUGCAAGUUGUUAAAUAUGCCGAAAUCGGUACAGAGGUGAUGCAGUGUAAUUGUGGAGCCAGUACUUCAAGAUUAAUUGGUGCCUGUACUUUAAUUAAGACUGGAGUACAUAUUUUAUGUGUUUAAAUCUGAAGCAAUUUCUCUGAACCACAGUCACGGAAAACAUUUAAAGUUCUUUUAGUCAUCCUUAACAGAAGUUAUAUUGUUACGUAGAAGCAAAACAGCUAAGUGGUAAUAUUGAGACACACAUGCUGACUGUUCAGAAUACCUUAGGAAGCGUAGCUCUUUCAGUGGAACAUGAGACUCUUAAUCUCAGGAUUGUGGGUUUGAGCCCCCAUGUUGGGCAAAAAGAUUCCUGCAUUGCAGGGGGUUGGACUAGAUGACCCUCGUGGUCCCUUCCAACUCUACAGUUCUAUGAUUCUAAGCUUUUUCAUAAACUGUAUGUCUUAUUGUGGUAAAUGAGUGGAUAUGAUUUUGUGUACACUAGAGGGCGCCUGUUGCAGCAAGAUGUGGAACAUUGGAUACUCAUCGGAGAGCCAAGCAGGAAACACCCAACUAUUCACUGCAAAAAGUAAGUUAGCACACCCUAGUGGGAUUAAUCAGAUAUAGAUUUAGGUUUUAUGAACUUCACAUGCUUGUAGAGCUGCUGUUAAUGGCAAGUGCAAAAACUGGACAGGAGAGAUGUUUCCAAGGGUAUUUUGACUUUUCAUUUACAACUUCCGUGAAGGCUUUUGUGGUACAGUACUGUGCUUCUUUACAAAAUGUAGGUAGGUAGCUUGUAUCUGAUCGACAUCCCGUUUCACAUAGGUAUCUGGUGUAUUACUAGUGUAGAACCCAUGGGGAGGGGGUGGGAAUUUGUCUUGAAGAGACAUAAAUUUUAAAACAGCAGUUCCAAAUAGGAAGUGGUAAGACUUUAGCUGAGAGCUUUCUCUGCAGAGGUACCGUUUUGUUGAGAAAAAAAUUUCUAAGAGAAACAUCAUCUCUUGUGAGCUCACAAUUUUUCCUUGGCAUUGACUAUACUAAGAGUGGUGUCAAGACUGUGGAAGGAGAAAAUUGUGGUGUCUAUAAAAUACUACAUCCCCUCCUUUCUGUCACUCCCUCUCUCUCUCUCUCUCUGCAAAACAGACUUUGCCAUCUUAAAAGAAAAUACCAAGGAAAGUAAAUACUUUUUUCCCGACUUACUGAUUAAUGAAAAUAGUUUUUCAGUUCAUUUUGCCAAAGAGGAGCUGAGAAAUUAGUGAGGAAAAUACUUGGGUAAUACAGAAGCACAGUGCAGGGAUACAAAAUACCCCGUGUUCUCAUGGGCUGUAGUCAUUUCUGAGUGGUUAAUUUUGUGUGUGUUCAUUUUUAAAAGGUACAUCAAGGAAAGCAAAGUUUCUGUCACAUGCUGUGCAGGAUGCUCCUAAUUAAGAUUGUAUUGUGAUCUGAAUCCCAAAUAGUUUUAAAACCAUAAAAACUGCUUGUGCAAUUUUAUUGCAUGACAUGUUCUACACUGAAUUUGUGAUCUCUCUGCCACCCUCCCACCACACCUUGAUUUUUAUUUUUUGCACAGGUGGGCAGAUAUUGUAACUGACUUGAACACACAAAAUCCUGAGUAUCUAGAUAUCCGGCACUUGGAAAGGGGCCUUCAGUAUCGGAAGACAAAGAAGGUAAAAUUGCUUCAUCUUGAUAACGAGAUUAUCUUGCUUCUUGAGCAUUUGCGCCUCAUUAGGUUGGCUUGCCUUUAAGACUCUAGCUGUGAGGGAUGAUUGCUGCGUGAGUGAUGUAAAAUUUACAACUGCUGAAGAAACAUGGAAAAAUUAAUCCCUGAGUGAAAAUGUUAGGAAAACAUAAGGAAGGAGGUCAGGGAGAUCUAGUAGUUCUGCAUAUCCAUCUAGUGUGAUUCCCGCUGCUCAUGUGAACUAAGAAAAGCUGGUGAAAUAAAUGACUAAAACUUGUUCUCUGCAAAAAGUAACUUUCUCAGUACAUGCUGCCAAAUAAAAGAUUGUUUGGCUAAGCAUCAGAACUCUGUGGUAACUCCAUGUUUUUUUUCACUGGCCCUCUGAGGAACCUGCCUCAGUAUUCCAGUACAACAAAAAAAUUAAAAGACUUUUGAUAGCCCCUCUUAAGCAACCUCUUCCUGAUCUGUUUGCUCUUUCUAGGGAAAAGGCUGACUGCAAAGUAUCUGCUGCAGACCAGCUCUUUCCACCCAAUAGUUUAUAUUCUUGCUCACAGCUCUUAUUAGGUCACUGUAAAAAAUUAGCCAGAUAGGAAGUAGCAUGACGGCUAAAAAUGCAUUGCUGAAAUGUGUUCAUUCACAUGUUUUCACCAGCUUUUUGGAUACUUGUUCACCAGCUUUUUAAAUAUUCUGUUGGGAGCCGUCAAGAGUGGUUGGGGAAACCCAGCCAGAUUGGUGGUGUAUAAAUAAUAAAUUAUUAUUAUUAUUUUUAUAAGCAGAGCCAGUGCUGUGAGGGGUUGGCAGAGAUGAAGAGCAGCGUCUCUCCUGUGCAGGCUCAAAAAAGUUUAAAUUCUUAAAAUGGAGGGUGAGGAAAGCAUGAAAUCGUAGGAAAGGAACUUAGUACCAAAUUUGGUUUUCUGUUUCUCCUUGAUUUUUAGGUAGGAGGAAAUCUGCAUUGCAUCAUUUCUCUCCAGAGGCUUAGCUGGCAAAGGUUUGGCCCCUGGAACUUCCCAUUUGGAAACGCUAGACAAGACUUGCAGCCCCCGUCACAGACGCCGGGUAUCGCCAAGUCUGAGAGCGAAGACAAUAUUUCUAAGAAGCAGCAUGGGCGCCUGGGAAGAUCUUUCAGUGCUAGCUUCCACCAGGAAUCUGUCUGGAAGAAGCUGUCUCAUCUUCACGAAAGGCGGAAUAGCGGCUUUCAGAGUUACACAGAUUAUGACGGGAAUGACUAAAAAGACCUGCUUGUGCAACUGAUGUACUGUAAAGUAUUCCUUAAAAUAGGUUUAAAGUACAUUAUGCACAGAGUAGAGAGAGGGUAGAAAUUUCAGUACAACAUGCAACCUUAGCAAUGUUUGCUGCUUUAAACCUGUGAAUGUUGGGGAUGCUGAGAAACACUAGCUCAAAGAUAAGCACAGAAUAUUGUACACUUUACAAUCCAGUAUAAUCAGCAAUUGACCUGCGUUUCUGACCAUGAAAUCAGAAGGGGAAAUAAUCAAGAUCAAAGCCAUUGUGGGGAGGGUGGGGGCCUGGGGAAUCUAUUAUUAGAAGAAAUAGAUAAUACUCAAAAGCAUGAGAUUUGUUAACUUCCAAAAUGAUUUAUUAAACACACAUUGUAUAAUGGUUUACCUUUACCUGUAUAAUGGUAUUAAAUGUAUACUGUGUAUUUAGUUCUAAAAAAAGCAAAUCAAAAAUGCAAUAAGGACACCACUGUCCAGUUCUAAAUUUACCAAACACCAAACGUUAAAUUUGUAUUGUUAUUGGGUGAUCUCAGUUUGGUGACCGUUGGGACAUCAUUCUGUAUGGAUUAAGCUCGUUGCGUUAAUUGACGACUUUAGUUGGCAGUCACAGGCGAUGAGCCUGUGAAAAAUCCAGGAAAGAGGAGGUCAUUGCAUGCUCCUUUUUGAGGAGGGGGUCAGAAAAAUCUUUCACUGCCAGUUGUGCGCUCCUCCAACACCUUUUUGUGUGAUUGCUUCACAAUUUGAUAGGCUGCUUGUAAACGCAUCUCUUCCCCCAUCUUAAAUGGCUACCGAACUGAGCACCUGAGCUUGCAAUAUUGUGCUGUUCUUACCUUACCUUUUUUCUUGUGCUUUCUGUAUCAUUUUCACUCCACUCCUUUAAUUGCUUUAUUGUUAAUAUGGGAGGUGCUUUUAAGUGCCGAAACACACUAGCAGCCACAGUGAUAUACCUCUUUGGCCAGAACACUGUUUGUAUCUUUUCAAAUGAUCAUGUCAAGUAGCUUUAUUUGGAAAUAUAAUAUUUUGUUCUCAUUAUGGAAAAAAAGUUUAAUAAAAAAUAUCAGUGGGAUCAAGGACCAUCUUUGUUCUGGUUUUGUAAUUUUGUAGGUUUGCAGCACUGGCAAACUUUAAAAAGACCUUUCCUUUUAAUAAACAUAAUUUUCUAGUUU